AUGGCAUCGAUGGUUGAAGUCAACAGCGACGACGAGUAUGCAGCGGAUGACCAUGAGGACGACGAGAGCUUGAAAGCCAAGCUUAGCGGCACCUUGGGCGUGAAGCCAGAGGUCGAUUCUGAAGGGUAUCCCGGGGUUGCAAAGCGCCCCAUUGCUACGCCAGCCCGGGCUUUGGAGCCUUGUGUCAAAAGACAGCGAAAGAUCCCCACCCGGCAGGAACGAUUGCUGAUUGCGUCGAAAGCACGCAUCAGCAGGAUGUGUGCUCCCAAGAGCCGUCGAAAGGAGCUCGAGGUGCCUGACUUUGUCAGACAACACUGGCUCAGCAACAAAGAGGAGAUGGGUCGCUUGCUCCUGGACUUGAACUUCGACAAGGGCAAGUUCAUCAGCCAGCUGGAGGUCAUAAUCUCCAAGAAGCAGAAAUACACCAUUAUCGUAGACCAGGGCUGGUUUUCAAAAGAUGAGCUCAGGCUUGCUGAUGUGUUUGGGUCCUUACUGAGGAAGAGAGUGCUCGCAGCGAUCAAGUACUGCGAGAGCCAACCAGACACUCAUGUCCGGCAAAACCUUUAUGACAACGAGAAAGAGUUCUGGGCCAAGGAGGAUGGGCCGGUGAUGCCGGAGAACUGCUUCCUCGGCCUGGAGAAGAUGAAGAACCGGGCUCUUGCUGAUGAGAAGAAGUCUCUAGAAGAGAAGCCCAUGGAUGAUAAGUUCACGCGGGUCAAGAAGACCAGGGCUUUGGUUAAGGAGCUCCAGAACGACUAUGACCCGAACAAUGCUGAUGUAAAGAAGCAAGAUAUCCGAAGCCUGGAUGACUUGUACGACAAGGGCCAGGAGCUUGUCAUCGGCAGCGGGCUGCAAGGUGGUUGGAACGAGGAGUGCUCACGCGCCACGGCCACCGAGCAGAAGAUCCGGCUGCUUGUGCCGAAGUUAAUUUUCAGCUCGGAAGAGGACAUCCGCAAAGCCCUUCUUCGACAAGCAAAAAUCGCAGCCGAGAGCCCCCCCGAAAUCGAAGCCCAGCCCGAAGAAGGGCCGAUGGCUGGGGAGCUGCAAAUUCGGUGCAGUUCUGUUGUUGCGCAGCAAAUGUCAUAUCAGGUAUCAAGCCUGGCAAAGCUCUCCGAGGGCUGGCAAGUGCAGUCGGCAAUGGAGUCGGGUCCUGAGUCGGAAGGACAUGAGCAUCAGAGGUUUUCGAAUCGUGCCACGUUCGAACACACCCGCACUAGGAAGCUGAAGGGCCUUUUCCCUGGCCCAAGAGACCAGCCGAAGCAGCAAAGUCCAAGGAUAGCCCAGAAUGUCGCAGUUCCACUGUCAAUGCUCGGGGAGGAAGAUCUUGCCUUCCCCAUUUUGAAGCUUCGAGACUGGGGACAGUUUCUUGCUGACAAGCAUUGUCUACACCUGCUGGUCGGCUUGACUAAACCCGACUUGAAAAGAGAGCAGGACAUAUGUGAAGAAUUUUGGGCCAAAUUCAAGAAGCUUCAGCCGGACCACCAGAUCUACGAACGCUUUGCUCAGCACUCAAUGGACCCAAAACUGACGUUUCCAUUCGUCUAUCAUGGCGACGAGGGACGGGGCCGUCGCCGUUCGCCGUUUCUGGUGGGCAACUUCCACAGCUUACUGGGAAAGGGCACUCAGGUUUACUUCGCAGUGAUUGCUGUUACAGGGGAUUGGCCCUGGCUUCAUCGCAGUGGCUGUCUUGCGAGGAGUUUCAACAACAUUCCGAAAAAAACUGGUGACAAGAUGACAGGGAUUUGUCACCGCUGUGCCGCGGGGACCGAAGGCAUACCCUGGGAAGUUAUUCAUGAAAGGAGUCCUUUGUGGCUUGAUACAACCUUUUCCGUGUCUGGAUUCGCAAAAGUGCCUGCUGUCGCUCGGCUGCUUGGUGUCCCUGGGCAGGAGGAAGGCCUCCUGAGAUUUGACUUCUUUCACGCUUUCCAUUUAGGCGUGGGCAAACACUUUCUUGGAAGCAGCCUUGCCCUGUGGAGCACUCACUUUCCGGGAGGCAACGUGGAUCUACGAGUCGAAGCUUUGGAGGCUGCCUUCUUUUCAUGGUGCCGAGCAAACAAGGAGGUUCCUGUGAUCACACGCUUGACGAAAGAAACACUUCAAUGGCCUUCGACCUUAGACUUUCCGGCUGCCAGCUGGUUCAAAGGUGGAGUAACAACUGUGAUGUUCAAGUUUCUGGCAGCAACCAUGUGUCAGCAAAACUGGGCCCACGAACCUAUGCUGGAAAAGGCUGCCGAGGCCGUUGUAAGCAUGAACAAGUGUCUGUCAGCUCUUUAUGCUUCGGAUAUGUUCAUCGAGCCAGGGCGGGCCGCACAAAUCGCUGAAGAUGGGCUUCGGUUUUUGCGCCGGCUGGCAUGGUUGGCCAAGCAAGCCGCCAAAGAGCAGCGUGCUCUUUGGCUGCUGACGCCGAAAACUCACGUCAUCCACCACUUGCUGCUAGAGGACUUAUUGCUCCCCGCCCGACAAGGCAUUUGGCCGAUGAAUCCACUGUCGUGGAGCGUCCAAAUGGACGAGGACUUUGUUGGCUUCAGCAGUCGACUGGCGAGGAGGGUUGAUCCUCGUACAUGCUCGAAACGCUGCAUAGAGCGAUAUCUUUAUGCCGCUUACGCGCAGUACGUCAAGGCGAAGUACAUCAUACCGCGCUCAUGA